UAGAGGCAGAAAAAAGUGGAAUGCUAAAGCCACUCAUCAUGCUCAUGAGUUCAUCCGAAUCAAUACCACCUUGACUCCUUCUUGUUCAAACGUGAUCAUAAACAUGGAAGUAGAGAUCAAGCUUCGUCUCCGAGACUCAUCCACACACCAAAAACUCUCCAACGUGCUCGCCCCCUUCCACUCCAUUUUUUCCCAAUACUCCAAAACCAUACUCCAAGAAAACAUCUUCUUCGACGGUGCCAACAGAGAGCUCACAUCCAAACUCGCCGUUCUCCGACUCCGGUUCUACGACCUGGACCAGUGCGUGCUCUCCCUGAAGGCGAAGCCGGUGAUCGGCGCCGGAAUAAGCCGCAUGGAGGAGCAGGAGGAGCCCUUGGACCCUUCACUGGGACGUGCGUGCAUUGCGGAGCCGUGGAGGCUCUUGUCCGUGGACUCGUCGGAGAUAGUGAAGAGGGUGAGGGAGGAGUACGGUGUUGGGGAGAGUGGGGUGGUGUGCUUGGGGGGGUUUAGGAAUGUGAGAGGCGUGCAUGAGUGGAAGGGGUUGAAGCUGGAGCUGGAUGAGACCAACUAUGAUUUUGGGACCAGUUAUGAGUUGGAAUGUGAGAGUGAUGACCCUGAGAGAGAUAAGAAGUUGCUCCAGGAGUUUCUUCGAGGGAAUGGAAUCGAUUAUUCUUAUUCUGGACUUUCCAAGUUUGCUGUUUUUCAGUCCAGGAAGUUGCCUCAAUGAUAAAAAAAAAGUCUACUUGCUAGUUAUUAUUGUUGAAUGCGUCACAAUUGAUACUGUUAAUUAAGGUAGCACCUGUUCAGGUUUUUUUUUUUUUUGGAAGACUACACAACGUUCUUUUUUUAACAA